CGGCGGAGGCUGGAGAGGCAGGCGGUUCCCCGCACCUCCAGGCGCUUCCAGGCAGCCCUCCAAGCCGUGCCAGAGGCCCGGCUGGCCAUUCUCAGACAGAAGACGGACGCCCAGACAAGAGCCGCGCAGAGGAGGCCAAGGCCGCCAGCAAGAGGCUGCAAGGCCGGGUCCAGGGCCUCCUGACACCCGCUCCCCGCUCUGUGCCGCAGUCCCGAGCCAUGAUGAAGACCCUGUCCAGCGGGAACUGCACGCUCAGCGUGCCCGCCAAGAACUCGUACCGCAUGGUGGUGCUGGGCGCCUCGCGGGUGGGCAAAAGCUCCAUCGUCUCCCGCUUCCUCAACGGCCGCUUCGACGACCAGUACACGCCCACCAUCGAGGACUUCCACCGGAAGGUCUACAACAUCCGGGGCGACAUGUACCAGCUGGACAUCCUGGACACGUCCGGCAACCACCCCUUCCCUGCCAUGCGCAGGCUGUCGAUCCUCACAGGGGAUGUCUUCAUCUUGGUGUUCAGCCUGGAUAACCGGGAGUCCUUCGACGAGGUCAAGCGCCUCCAGAAGCAGAUCCUGGAGGUCAAGUCCUGCCUGAAGAACAAGACCAAGGAGGCGGGGGAGCUGCCCAUGGUCAUCUGCGGCAACAAGAACGACCAUGGCGAGCUGUGCCGCCAGGUGCCCGCCACCGAGGCCGAGCUGCUGGUGUCGGGGGACGAGAACUGCGCCUACUUCGAGGUGUCGGCCAAGAAGAACACCAACGUGGACGAGAUGUUCUACGUGCUCUUCAGCAUGGCCAAGCUGCCCCACGAGAUGAGCCCCGCCCUGCACCGCAAGAUCUCCGUGCAGUACGGCGACGCCUUCCACCCCCGGCCCUUCUGCAUGCGCCGCGUCAAGGACGUGGACGCCUACGGCAUGGUCUCGCCCUUUGCCCGCCGCCCCAGCGUCAACAGUGACCUCAAGUACAUCAAGGCCAAGGUCCUUCGGGAGGGCCAGGCCCGUGAGAGGGACAAAUGCACCAUCCAGUGAGCGGGAGGGACGCCGGGGUGGGCGCUUGGGCGGUGCCUUCUGGGAAGUGCCCCCCCCCCCCCGUGCCCGCUGCCCGUGCCC